AAAAACAAAGCCCAGGAGAUUUGAGCACACAAGGAAGAGUACUUCUGUGGGUGUGUCUGACUACGUGCUUUCCACAAAUAGUUACUAGAUCGCAACAUAGUUUCGAGGAGGACGGUACCAGAGACUCAAGUCAAAUAAUACGUUCUGUUUUGACACAAAGUAAACUUGUGAGAGCGACCGAAAGUUCGAAGUAGUUAGUCGGUCAGUUUCAUUUCUGAGAUUGUUUGUUGUCCACUUUUACUUUCUUUGUUGUGAAGUUUUUGGACGUUAUCUGUGAUAAUAUUUGAUCAGCGGCAACAUUAUGUCAAACCUCCGGCCUAGAUGUUGUAUUUUAGGAAAGGGUUCGAAUGGCUACGGCUUCCAUCUGCACGGUGAGAAAGGGAAGACCGGACAGUUUAUCCGGCUGGUAGAACCAGACUCUCCCGCCGCCACCGCCGGUCUCUUAGCUGGGGACCGACUGACGUUCGUUAACGGGGACAACGUGGAGGGCGAGAGCCACCAGCAGGUCGUUGCCCGGAUACGAGCCACCGUGGGCAGCCUCGAGCUGAUCGUGGUAGACGCUGAGACCGCGGAGGUACUGAAGAAGCACAACUUGGAGUGCCGUAAAGAGUAUGUCACGGAGGGCAUCCCGUUACCGGGCAGCAAGUCGGGCCAUGGGGAUGCAGCGGAGAGCGAGGCUACAUCGGCAGAGAACGGAAACGUCUCCCUACAGAGGCUAAGUGUGAGCGCUAAGGACUCAAAGGCAGAGCUGCGUCCUCGUCUGUGCUCGAUGAAGAAGGGUGUGACGGGCUAUGGCUUCAACUUGCACAGUGAGAAGUCUAAACCAGGCCAGUACAUUAGAGCUGUGGACGAGGACUCUCCUGCUGACAAGGCUGGCCUCAAACCGCAGGACAAGAUAGUUCAGGUGAACGGUAUGUCAGUAGUAGGGAUGCAGCACAGUGAGGUGGUAGCAGCCAUCAAGGCUGGGGGAGAUGAGACCAGUCUUCUGGUGGUGGAUCGUGAAGCAGAGGCUUUCUUCAACAGAUGCAAUGUCAUUCCUACUGGGGCCCACCUCACAGGACCUCUUCCUGAACCUGUGUCCAAUGGAGGAGCAGAAGAAGAAGAGCUGGAUGGUAAGGUAGCAGUAAAGCCUAAGGUGUCCGCCAGUGCAUCUACAUCCAGCACCACCUCCACUGCCUCUCUACCAACAUCUGCUGCCGGCACCCCUCCACCAGAGGUCCGGGUGCCUCCGGUUAAGGAGCCGAAUACGAGCCUCACCCUCAGCAUGUCUCUAGCCCAGGCCAAGGAGAGAGCUCACCAGAAACGCUCAUCCAAGAAGGCCCCUGCCAUGGACUGGAGCAAGAGGAACGAACUCUUCAGUAACCUAUAAAUCACGUUUCCUUCCUCCUUUCUCUCGCCCUCACUCCUUCUUUCGCUCUCUCUCAAGCAGACAUACGAUGUACGACAUGAACAGUGUUAAUACUUUGUGAUUUUCAUGUGCUAAUUGAGGGGUUUUCCACUUAUUGUUUUCAAUUAAAAUUUAAACGCCACUCCUGCAUAAGAAACAAUGGAAAGAUGGAAAAACAAUGUAUAGUUUCCAUCUAGUAGGAUGAUGAAGAAAUCAAAGAUGAUGGGAUAUAUGGAAAUAAGAAAUGUGUGUGUGUGUGUGUGUGUGUGUGUGUGUAUCAUGAAGGUGUGUUGAAUCUUAUUGUCAGUCUAUCUGCAAUCUGAUUGGUUGCUAUACUUCCUUGUAGAAUCACUAGCAAGCUGGGAGUGAUUGAGUUUUUUGGGAUGAGUUAAGAUUAAUCAAAACUUCUUUCCAGAGACUUUCAUGUUUAGUACUUCUGACUGAGCGCUGGAUUCAAUCCGUAUGGUGGAAGAUUAGCGUUAUUUCUCAAUUUAAAGUUAAAGGGAAUUUUCCUGCGUUUGCAGAGACUGCAUUCACAGUAAACGCUGUAUACCUCGACUCAAUCCGAAAUGACCUUUACAUUUUAACCUGGUUCUUCUGCCAUAUGGAUGAAGCCCAGCCCUUAACGAAUGACUAACAAUCUGAAUUCGUAGCAAUACAAGACCAUUCAUUGCUUAAUGAGAGGUCUGGUUAGCAGAUAUCACUGAAUUUGUAUCAUUCUAAUGCUGACCAAUGGUUUACUUUGUGGUGAUGUUUUACUACCCUAUCUUUUUGAAGAUGUUGACAUGUCAAUUCUUAGACUGUAGAACUCAUUCAGAAUAGAUGAGAUUCUCUGUUCUAUAUGUGACAAUCAUUGUUGGUCACAUUAUGGUUAAAGGGACUGAGGUAUGUGGCUCUAGAUUUUAACCCAAAGUAAACCGUUGCUUUACAGUUAAAGUUAACCUGUCCAAACACCACUAUUGUAAAAUCCUACGGUAUUUUUGUCGUUGUGAUUCAACUUUUUUUCCUGCCUAUGUCUCAUCGUUUUAAUAAGAAUGACGAGAUUGUUUCUUCUAGAUUUGUACAUAACACUCAAAAUACAGUUUCCCCAUGUAAUUUAUGUCUUUAAGAAAGAAAUCCUCAAUUUGUUUGAAGACUGUUCCAGAAGCUCUCUGGGUUGAAGGGAGUGUUAGCCUACUGUAUAUGUGGCAGUUAGCUCUGGUCCAGGGCGUUAGUGUAUCAGUCAUCUCAACUGUAUAGACCAGGAAUCAGCUCUGGUCCUGGAGAGCUACUGGCUGUUUACGGUACAAGGGCUGAGUUGUCAAAUGUCUUGAUGACUGGUAUAAAUGUGGUAUCAAACA